CCAGAGAUAAUAAAAAAAGCAGGUUAUCUCACGGAAACUCACGUUGUAACAACGGAAGAUGGCUAUAUUUUGACAUUACAUCGUAUCCCAGGUGGCAACGGCUCUCUACCUGUAUUACUGGUACAUGGUGCUAUUAACGAUGACAUUAUUUGGAUCGUUCUUGGUAAAGGCAAAGCACUCGCUUAUCUAUUAGCGGAUCAGGGAUACGAUGUUUGGUUGGCUAAUUUGCGUGGUACUACUUAUUCGAGAAAGCACAUUUCCCUAUCACCAUCAGAAUUGAAAUAUUGGAAUUUUAGCUUUCACGAAGAAGGCAUCUAUGAUGUACCCGCAAUGGUUACAUACAUCACGAAUAUGAGAUCACAACCUUUGCACGCGUACAUUGGCCAUUCUAUGGGUACAUCAGUAUUUUACGUAAUGGCAACAGAGCGUCCAAAAAUUGCUAAAAUGGUGAAAAUGAUGAUCAAUUUCGGAGCAGGAGCUUUCGCAGAUCAUAUGAAAAGUCCACUACGACCAAUAUUUUACAUGAUGAAAGAUAAUGAGCCAAUAUUGCGAGCUUUGUUCCAUGGCGAAAUAUUCCCGCAAAAUGUUUAUAACAUUCUAAAGACGUUAAUGGGCUGCAACCUGAAUUUUUAUCAAGCGGAGUUGUGCGUCAAUAAUUUAUUAUUUAAUUACCUCGGUCACGAUCCUGAGCAGUUAAAUUUAACUCAGCUGCCCUUUAUCGCGAGUCACGUACCCAUUGCCGUUUCGCUUACGACGGUGGUGCACUUCGUUCAAGUAAUUCAAUCGGGUAAAUUUCGUCAAUAUGACUACGGUGCUACAAAAAAUCUCUUGAUAUAUAAAUCGAUGGAACCUCCAGAGUACAAUCUAUCGAGUAUCACGCUACCAAUGGCGAUAUACUAUGGCAACAAUGACUUGAUGCUAGAUCCUAUUGAUGUGAAGAGGGUUUACAAUUUACUUCCCAACGUAAUAGAUAUGUACGAAGUGCCGUGGCCCAAUUUUAAUCACGUGGAUUUUGUAUUUGCUAAUAAUGCGCCAAAACUUUUGUACGAAAGAGUUUUGAAGGUCAUAAAAGGAAAAUAUCAAAGCAAUGUAACAACGAUAUGAAAAUAGAUACAUUUUAAUGAUGUAGAUGUUAAAUAAAUAAAUAA